AUGUCUCUUAUAGACUUUAAAAUAGCUGAUGCAAAAAUAUCCUUAAAUCACAGCAUUGAGAAGGAGAAAACUGUAAGAGAUGUUGGUUAUUUCUCUUCAUCAUACUCUGUGAAAAAAAUCCAGGUUGGAAUCUGUUUGCUUCUGGUGGAGCUAUGUGAGAGAUUCACUUUCUUUGAAGUUGUCAGCAAUAUGAUCCCCUUUUGCACUAUCAAGCUUGGCUAUCGCAAUUACCAGGCAGCCAUUUUGAACUUAUGUUUUAUUGGAACUUCACUACUUGCUCCUGUAUUUGCAGGAUGGCUUGCUGAUGUCUGUGUAGGAAGAAACAGACUGGUGUGUAUUUGCUUAUUUCUGCAUUUUCUAGGCACUGCUUUGUUAUCUGUGGUUGCCUUUCCCUCAGAAGAUUUCUAUAUGGGCUCUUACCAUGUGAUUAAUAAUAUAACAAAGAAAGAGCAGAAGAGACUGUUUUACAUAGCACUGUUGACCAUCUGCCUCGGCACAGGAGGAGUAAGAGCCAUAGUUUGUCCACUUGGUGCGUAUGGCCUCCAGGAACAUGAAUCAAAGAAACAAACGUCAUUUUUUAACUGGUUUUAUUGGUUUAUAAACCUAAAUGCAACUGUUGUCUUUCUGGGAAUAUCUUACGUCCAACACUCAGGAGCCUGGGCCUUUGUUUUACUUGUUCCUCUUAUGUCUACACUUAUGGCUCUGAUAACUCUUCAUAUGAUAUACUCUAAACUGAUUCAUCAGCCGGAGAAAUGUUGCUCCCUCCUGACAACUUUUGGAGUGUUUGUUAAUGCACUGAAAAUGUGCUGCCUGCGAUAUUACCAUCUUGGCAGAGAUGUGACAAGCUGGUUAGACCAUGCCAAGGAAAAAAAUGGUGGCUGCUACAGUGAGUUCCAUGUGGAAGGUGCAAAAUUUUUCCUCACGCUUUUCCCUCUCUUCAUUUUUCAGCUCCUAUACAGAAUGUGCAUUAUGCAGAUUCCUUCAGGGUAUUAUCUGCAGACCAUGAAUUCCAACCUGAAUUUGAAUGGAUUUCUUCUGCCAGUUGCAGUAAUGAAUGUAAUCAGCAUCCUACCAUUGUUAAUCCUGGCGCCUUUUGUGGAGUAUUUCAACACCUGCCUAUUUCCCACUAAGAGAGAUGGACCAUUUCUGUUGGCAUGCAUUAUUGCUGGAAAUCUUGCUGCUGCAUUGUCUGUGAUGGUAGCUGGAUUCUUUGAAACAUACAGAAAAGACUUCCCUCCAAUGGAGCAAACUCUUUCAGGCAAAGUUCUCAUCGUUUCCUCUAUGCCCUGUUUCCACCUGGUUCUCCAGUACCUUUUACUUGGUGUGGCUGAAACACUGGUAAAUCCAGCCUUAUCAGUACUAUCAUACAGAUUUGUUCCAAGUAGUGCCAGAGGAACUUCUAUGAAUUUUUCAUCCCUAUUCAACGGAUUUGGUUGUUUCAUGGGAGCGCUGCUGGUGGAGUUAGUGUAUCUCAUCUCAGAAGGCAAUUGGUUUCCCAACACAUUAAACAAAGGCAAUUUAGAAAGCUUCUUCUUCUUCCUGGCAUCAUUAACAUUAUUGAACAUCCUGGGAUUCUGGAGUGUUUCACAAAGAUAUUGUAAUCUAAAUCAUUUUAAUGUCCAGAACAUCAAUGGAAGUAAUCUUGAAGACACACUUCUCCUGCAAGAAAAGUCUCUGAAAUUUUAUGGCAGUAUACAGGAAUUUUCUUCAAGUAUUGAUUCUUGGGAGACAGCCCUAUGA